AUGCAGAGCCUGUGCAUAGACCAAGAGGCAGUCAUUCGACCGAACAAGGGCAUAUUGCAUGGUAUAAAAUCAGGAAAGAUUGUCAGCUGCUACACUAUUAAUGUUUUCUUCUUUGUCUCUAUAGGUCAUCCCAGAUCAAGCCAUACGACGCAUUUCAUAGAACAAUUCAAUCAGUCUCAAGUGUCAGAAUUAAUUUUGCUGGAAUUGGUCAGCUCCCAAGAGAUACAGUUUCUUCUCUUUGCACUCUUCUCAGUUACCUAUGUGAUCACUAUUUUGGGAAACCUUCUCAUUGUGGUCACAGUGUUUUAUACCCCAAACCUGAACUCCCCUAUGUACUUUCUCCUUAGAAACCUCUCCUUUGUAGACAUGACUCUUGCUUCUUUUGCCACCCCUAAGAUAAUUUUGAACUUGGUAAGAAAGCAUAAGACCAUUUCCUUUGCUGGAUGUUUCACUCAGAUCUUUCUCCUUCACUUCCUGGGUGGGGUUGAAAUGGUACUGUUGGUCUCCAUGUCGUAUGACAGAUAUGUGGCCAUUUGUAAGCCCCUACACUACACAACCAUUAUGAACAAGAGGGUGUGCGUCUUGCUAGUAGUGACCUCAUGGUUCUCAGGCCUCCUUCACUCUGGGCUUCAGGUACCACUUGUGAAUUUGCCUUUCUGUGGUCCCAAUGUGGUAGACAGCAUUUUCUGUGAUCUGCCUCUGGUUACUAAACUUGCCUGCAUAGAUACCUAUGUUGUACAGAUAGUCAUUGUUGCCAACAGUGGAAUGAUCUCCCUGAGCUGUUUCUUUAUUUUGCUUAUCUCCUACAGUCUGAUCCUCAUUACCAUUAGGAGCCACUCUUCUAUUGGGCAGUCCAAAGCCCGUUCCACACUGACUGCCCACAUCACAAUGGUGAUUCUCUUCUUUGGCCCAUGCAUCUUUAUAUACACCUGGCCUUUCAGCAACCACUCUGUGGAUAAGUUCCUUGCUGUGUUUUAUACCAUUGUCACCCCCAUCUUGAAUCCAAUUAUCUACGCUCUGAGAAACAAAGAAAUGAAGGCUGCCAUGAAGAAACUCUGGAGUUCUUUUGUGAGUUCUAGACAGGAUACUUAGGAUAAAAAUAUAAUUUAGACAGAAACAGAAUAUUUUAAAAGCUUUUAAAGAUUUCUUAUAAACUUCAGGUUAUUGGAUCCAUGUAGAGUAAGCCAAGUACAAUAUAAUAUAGCAAGAUCUUAAAAACCAGCCAUUUAAGGAUAUUUUGAACAUAGUACUAAUUAAAAAUACAUAACUUUUUUUUGGAUUUUUAAAAUGAUAUUGACUGAGUUAUAAAAAUCAUCAACCAGAUGCUCACUUGUCCUUCAGAAAAGCUAGUAAAGAUUUGAUCUAUCAAGGCAUUAAAAUGACAUUGGUUGAA